AUGUCACCACACAAUCCGCCUACUCAGAUGGGUAACCCCCUCUCUACACUCUGGUGGCUCAAGCUAGCUUCCUUCAACAUCUUGUCCAUGGGUGUCAUCGUCGGCUUGAUCCAUCACGGCAUCAAGAACCUCUCCAAGGGUGAACAAGCUCUCUACUACUUCCUCGCUCUCUUCAUCUGGCGCUAUCUUCGAUUCUGCAUCAACUUCAUCGGCUUCUGGUCCUACAAGGCUGCCCCCAUGCCUAAGAGCAACGCCAACUACUUCCCCGGUCGCGAUGUUACCGUCGUCAUUCCCACGGUUGAUCCCCUCGGUGUCGACUUCUACGAGUGCCUGACCAGCUGCGCUCGCAACGGCCCGCGCAAGAUCAUCGUCGUCACUGCCGGAGAAGCUCUUUAUGCUCAGACUCUCAGCGCUGUAGCUCCCGUCAUGGAAGAGUUUCCCCUUAUCCACUUUCUGGUCACCCGUACGGAUAUCGCCAACAAGCGCGAGCAAGUCGCCCAUGUCAUCCGCUACAUCAGCACCCCGAUCACUGUCCUUGUCGACGACCACGUCUUCUGGAACUCUUACGACCUUCUCAAGUCCAUGCUUGCCCCCUUCGAAGACAGCCAGGUUGGCAUCGUUGGUACCAACAAGCGCGUCCGCCGUCAUGAAGGUCUCUCUGUCUGGCGCCGCUUCUGGAACAUGCUCGGUUGCCUGUACCUCGACCGUCACAACUUUGAGGUUCGCGCCACCAAUGCCAUUGACGGCGGUGUCUUUGUCAUUUCCGGCCGCACCGUCGGCAUUCGCACUUGCAUUCUCGAAGACAAGGCAUUCCAGGCCGGCUACCUCCGCGAGAUGUUCUUCUUCGGCCUUCUCGGACCUCUUCACCCCGAUGAUGACAACUAUAUCACCCGCUACAUGGUCAAGAACGGCUGGAGGAUCAAGAUUCAGUACACCAAGGAAGCUGAGAUCGAGACCACCGUCGGUGUUGGCGAGCCUGUCCAUACCAAGUUCCUCGGUCAAUGCCGCCGCUGGGUCCGCACCACUUGGAGGUCCAACACCACCUCUCUUUUCACCGAAGGCACCGUCUGGGCCACUCAGCCCUACUGCGUCUACGCCGUCUACUUGACCAGCUUCACCAACUUUGCGCUCUUCACCGACGCCGCCCUGGUCUAUCUCUUCACCAAGUCUUCCUGGUACACCGACGCCGCGGAGCCCAAGUACGCCCUCGCCGCUCUCCUCUCCUGGAUCAUCUUCACCAAGACCGUCAAAGUCUUCCGUUACUUCUCGAACUAUCCCCAGGACAUCUGGCUCUUCCCCGCCUAUGUUCUCUUUGCCUACUUCCACUCUUUCAUCAAGCUUUGGGCCCUCUUCACCUUCUGGGACUACGCCUGGUCCGGCCGUAACCUCGCCGCUCUGACCGAGGGUGAGACGAAGACGAACGAGGACGAUCAGAAGAAAGAUGACGAACUGGAGCUUUCCCCCAUGGGCGCACACGUCUGCUACGACGAGGACAUCAGCGACCUGGACAUUGGCGAGCCCCAGGCCCCAGUUCCCUUGAACCCCAUGGCCCCCCUGGUCGGUCAGUAG